AAAAAAGUCUCUACAUUUAGUAUACAUCCGUGCGAUACUGCUAACUCUUUGCAUGAUGAAUGCAUUUAUCUGUUUUACCCUGAUGAUUUUUGUGUAUUCAACGCAUUGUUUAUCCGAAUUAACUGACAGCGACUCUCGUAAUACAACGGAUUCAGGUGGAAUCAAAAACUCAGACGUAUUUCGUCAGCUUCUGAAUCAGGAAACUCUUAUUAGGAUGAGCAUGGGGAAAAAUGUCCAUGGCCUGAUGAAAGACAUGGUCACUCUGAAACAAUCUUUGGUCUCAUCUGAGAGCGAAAUUUCCACUUUAAAGCGGACGACGACAGAGUUGAAAAAAGAGUUGGAAAAACUGAAAAAAGAAAACGAACGCAUUAGCAGAGAAAACUUGGUCUAUAAAGAAAAUAUCUCUGCCAUUCACGAAGAUAUCAGUCGCAUAAGCAAAACUCAGCAGGAAUUAGAAGACGAUAUUGAUAAACGAAGACAAGAAUUUGAGAACAAUGCCACAGAAAUGCUUGUUAACAUGAAUACUGAAGUUCGGUACUUUAAAUUGACUGUCUUGAACAUGAAUGAAAAAGUCUUAAGUGACCUUGAAAAAAUCCCGGAUAUUAUCAACGAGCAGUACAACUUGAUAUCCAUGAACUUAAACAGGACUCUAGAAUAUUAUAAUACAGCUUUUACUGCCGAAAGCAAGAAAUUAUUCAUCGCAAUUUCAGACGUUGAAACAUCUCAAACAAAUCUUGUUUCCUCCGUCACAGAUGGGAUGAACACAAGUAUCAACAGUCUACAAAGUGAAGUAAAGCAGUAUCAACUAGAUUUGCUCAAACUGUCCUCUGCUGUGUCUUCAUUACAAGUGUCCCAAAUGAACUUGUCCAGAAAUGGCUGUGGUCAAAAAUCUCAAAUUGGAUUUACAGCUGGAAUUACUUCACAUAAUAGUGGCUUUACAGGAAGCAAAAUCGUAUUCCCUAAAGUCUUAUACAACGAGGGUCAAUCGUAUGAUUCGACCACAGGGAUUUUUACUUCUCCCGUUGAAGGACAUUUUGUAUUCUUUACAACCAGCCAUUCGAAUACCAAACACCUCGAAACUGACAUAAUGUUAAACGGCGUCGCAAAAGUGAGGACUGAAGCAUAUAAUACGGGGGAUGCAACAUAUCAGACUGGCACAAACAUGGUACUGAUGAAACUUCAGCGGGGAGACAGAGUGUGGAUUGCGAGAACAGGUGGAACCGGCUACUACACAGAAUCGGUACCCAUAAUGACGUUCUCUGGGUUUAUGCUUUAGACGAAAGCAUGGCUUGGCUUAAAUUU